AUCUGUUCAGUUGGCUAGCGGAACAACAGCAGCAGCACCGGAUGGUACAGAUUCGGCUUCCAGCCUCAAACCGAGAUUUGUUACUGCAUUUUUGUGUUCAUGUGAAACGAAAGAAAAGUCUGUCGAGGAUGUUUAUGGCAAGGGCAGAAGAGUUUCAUAGGCGACAUUGUCUUGUAUGGAAUGACAACCUCACAGAGAUAUAUUGACUCCAAACCAGCGGCUCGGUUUGCUGACAUGGAGUGGCAGACGCCAGCUGUGUCAGAGAAGUUCCAAAGCCGCUUUGGCCGCCGGCCUGGAACAUCGGACAGUGGGGACACUGGUCUUGGCACCUCAGCAUCUGACAGCACAGAAGAUUUCUGCAGUUCCAGCAGCAGCCCCCCUUUCCAGCCCAUCCGCAGUCAGAUCCCCAUACCCACUGCACAUGUCAUGCCAUCCACGGCCGGAGCCCCGGCCUCUAAGCCCCAGUCAUGUGUCCAGGAGGACUCCCUAUCCUCUGAGGGCCACAGGUCUUCCUCUGGCUCCAGAACCCCAAGUGGCUCCGCCUCGAAGUCUUCCUCUCUCUCCAAAUCAGCAUCCUCGCCCAACUUGGAUGCUCCCACUGGUGUGGGAGGUGAUCCCGUGGUGCCAAAGCCAGACUGCCUGAGCCGCUACCGCAGCCUUAUCAAUGGGCUGGACUACUCGCUGUUCCCCUCAGAUCACACUCGGAUGGAUGAGGGCCAGAGGUUUGACACUCCUGCUGUAGAGCCUACGCUAAAUCAGUCAGCCCUGUUAGGGGGGUUAUGCCCUGAUGUCAGACUCCGAUUACAGACGACCGGGAUUAGAGACACCUUAGACUGUGUGUCUGAGGCCUACAGAGGAGGUAUGGAGCACAGCUAUAAGGUUCUACCUGAAGCUAGGCCUGGAGUUCCUGGCACAGCAGAAACCUCUAAUCAGAGGGGCAGUCAGCCUGGUGCGACCGGAUCCCCUGGAGUUUAUGCAAACCCUCUCAGCCUGCAGACACAGGCUCUGCUGAGGGAGCAUGCGGGCUCCAAGGGUUAUGAGCCACUGCGGCAGGAGAGAUGUAGUGAAAUGUCAAGCUGGCAGCAACAACAGCAACAUAAGCAGCAACUGGAAAGUUUACGCCUGCAACUGGAACAAAUGCAGUUGAUGAGUGCGGGAGUGGGUCAGUACCCAUCGCUGUACUCGACGCCCGUUCAGUCGGAAUCCGGCAAGUGGGACGCUCUGGUCAAAGCCAGUGAGAGUCUGCUAAAGGAGAAAGAGCUCAUCAUUGAGAGACAAAAGCAGCAUAUGGCCCAGUUGGAGCAGCGUCUGAGGGAAAGCGAGCUGCAAGUCCAUGGAGCCCUCCUGGGCCGAGGAGCUUCUUAUGGGGACAUGUGUAUGCUGCGGCUACAGGAGGCCCAGAGGGAGAAUGUGUUCCUGAGGGCGCAGUUUACUGAGCGCACCGACUGUGUCGCCCUGGAAAAAGCAGAGGCAGAGCGCAGACUGGGGGCAGUUGAGGCCGAGACGCGCCGACUAACUGACAGCCUGAAGGAGACCUGUGAGAGACAUGCGGAGGAGAUGAAGAAACAGGAAGAGAGGAUCCGCAGUCGAGACAAGCACAUCAACAACCUGAAGAAGAAGUGUCAGAAGGAGUCGGAGCUGAAGAGGGAGAACCAGCAGCGCAUUGAGACUCUGGAGCGCUAUCUUGCUGACCUGCCCACCUUGGAGGACUACCAGAGCCAAAACAAGCAGCUUCUGGAGGCUGAACAGCAGGUGAGUCAGCUCCAAGAGAAAGCACAAGAGCUGGAGGUCUGCCUAGAGACGACACGCUCUCAACUGCGGGAAAAAGACACACAGCUGGAAGAUCAGAAACGCAAGGAGAGAGACCUGCUGACCACCAUUACUGAUAUGCAGCAGCGCGUACAGCAGGGCCUGGAGGAUGGAGCCAGGCUGCCCUCCCUGGAUGUGGAGAGGCUCAGAGGAGAGAACAGUGCUUUGAGGGAAGAGCAGCAGAGACUCAAAAAGGUCAUUGAGAAGCAGCACCGAAUGAUGGAACAGCUUGGCUCUCAGAUCCAGGCUUUGGAGGAGCAGAUAUCUCAGGAAGAGAGCAGCUCUCAAGCUCUCAGAGAAGAGGUGCUGGCCAAAGAGCAGAAUGUGUUAGAGCUCCACACAGCCAUGAAGGAGCUGUCAGCCCAGAACCAGGACCUGAUGGAGCAGAAUCUGACCCUGCAGGAGCAAGUGAGUGAUCCAGAGCAGAGAAGCUCCAGCCAGGCCUCCUCUGUCCUGCAGCCAGCUGGGGCUCGUCUCACGCAGAGGUUGCAUCUAGAGAUCGCUUCCUGCCUCAGUGACCUGCGCUCCCUGUGCAGCAUUCUCACCCAGAGAGCUCACGGACAAGACCCCAACCUCUCUUUGCUGCUUGGUCUCACAUCACCCCCGCCAGUGGCAGAGCAGGCCGAGGACUGGAUGUGUCCCGAGGUGCUGCAGAAGAAGCUGGUUGAAGCGCAGCAGCUCCGCCGAGACGUUGAGGAACUACGUAAUGUAAUACUGGACCGUUACGCGCAGGACAUGGGAGAGAACUGCAUCACCCAAUAACCUUGUCGCCCAGGCAACGGAAGAAACUUUCGUUAGCCCCACUUCACCGCCUGAAGCAUCAAAAAACGGGCUUGUCUUUCAGUUACUGAAUGUCAGAAAGAGGAUUUUUAAUUUUCUUAAAAUGGGGACAGAGGAAAUCCCAAAUGGUUUAACUUCUCCUUCUUUCAACUGACUGUAAGUCGUUUUUCAAGCCGCCUGCCUCUAGCUCAGAGCCCCCCAACCCCCCGGUGAGUUCAUCUAUUUCAGUCCAAGGGCUAACAGAAAAUAACUUACCUCUAAUACUUGAUACUUAAGCAUUGAGUGUGUGUGUGUUUUUUUUUUUUUUUUUUUUUUAAUGACAUGAUGCUGUCUGUUACCAAACAGUCUUAUACUUUGUGUUCCACUCCAGUGGAUAACUAUUUGUGUAAAAGUCCCACAAUAUAUAAUUUAUUUAAAUCUUAAUUUCCCUCUCUAGGGGAAUAAUUUGAAAGUGGUUGACAAUCAACUGAAAAUAUUUUAACCUGUGCUUUUAACUGAAUUCGCAAGGAGAUGUUACUAACAUGCCAUUAUUUAAAAUGGUGAAUGCUGUAACAUUAGUAACUGUAACAUACUGCUGUGAGGUAUAAGACUUGACAACUGAAGGGUUUAAUACCAAAUCAGCUUCUCACACCAACAGGCCUCCAACAGAUUUAUUACCAAAGAAACACCUGUCAAAGCAGUUGUGCCAGUCUGUGAAUGUUUGUGAACGCUUCUCUCUGCUGCAGGCCUUGUUCUGAAUGAGUACCAACAUGUGCCUUUUUGUCACGUUUGCAACCACGAUGCUAAUUCAUUUUUAGACCAACCACAAAGGGCUGUUUGCAGCUGACUCUUCCAAUAUUACCUUUUGCUGAGUGUAUCAACCAGUAGGAUAGUCAAUACAUUCCCUGACUCUGAAUGUAGCAGAUAACAUUGGGCCACAUCACAGAGCUUGUGGAGGCCCCCUACACUGUGUUUUGUUUUUAUUGUUUUUUUUUGUUUGUUGUUGCUGGUAGAUAAAUUUAAGUUAGUUGAAACCCUUCAGUCUGUGUGAUCUUAUGUAGAUGAAUAGCUUCACAGUAUACUAUACAUUUCAGGUUGAUAAUGGCUGACUCGUAUUCGACAGAGUGGUUAACUAUUUGAUAAAUGUAUGACUGAGAAACAGUAUUAAUCUUCAGUGAAAUUUUAUUUGUUUGUAUUGACAACUCAGUGGGUCCUCCAAAUGUGUUGCUGCGAAGAUGUGCUAAUGUGUUUGAGCAAACCUGGCUUCCACAACGUGUAAAGGUCCCAUGAAGUGGCUUUUAGAUUAGUAAUUUCCUCCCCUGUGGUUUGACAUGUUUCAUAUAAGAUGUUGGGGCUGGGUUUAGUGUCGAGAGGGACAUGAUAGUAGUGUUUUAAAGAUUGGCAGUAGUCAUUGAGGACCUUUCAUCUUCUUCAAAAAGAGGAGGGCCAUGUUUUAAUCCCACAUGGUGGUAGUGAUGAUGAUGAUGGGAGGGGUUGGCUGGAUCACCCCUAAAUCUCCAGUCACAUUGUACUGGAUGGAAUUUUAUAUUUGCCCCGAGUGUGGGAUAAGCCAUAAAAAAGGUGACACUUUACAGGAAGAGAAAGGUAUUUUAAUAUAAAAAUAUGCAAAUUAUACCGAACAACAUGCCCAGGGAGACGCAAGCCAUUUUCUUUUGUUCACGGGACCUUUUUUAAAAACUCAAGUAGCACAAGGUUUAUCUUUGGAAAGUCUGGCUCUGCAUGCCUUAACAUCUCAAGUGUUUUUGAAAAAGGGAAAAAGAUGUUUAUAUUUUCAUACAUUUGUCCUUGUUUGUAUUUGCAUAUUUUAGAAAUAAAGAUUUUCAACAUUUUGUUUA